GAGCGGCUGCGGAAGGAGUGGUUCAUCCUCGGCAUCGUGCUGGUCAUCGCUGUGGCGCGGCUGGAGCCCGGCGUCGGCGUCAAAGGCGAGCUGAAGUUUGAGUAUAGACAGCUUCUCCUGGAACUGAGGAGCCAGACUUUUCCCACCUCUUAGCUUCUGGGAAAAAAAGAAUUUGAUUAAAAAAAAUUUGGCUCUGAACACAUGCUGUGGCAACUCAGGCUCUGGUACCUCAUGGAGUUUAGGGCAGGCAAAUUCCUGCUGUGCAAGGAUCCCCUGUGACAUCGGUGUGCUGUUCUGCAGGGGUGAACAGAACCCACGUGGAGCUUCUCACAGGAUCCGCGCUGUGUUUUCUGCACUCCUUAGAGACAACUUGCAAUUGAUAUAUCAGGUGUUUUGUCCCUCUCUGCUUUGAGUGCCGGGCUAAUUGUUGGCAGCCGUGUGGGAGGUCCUUUGAACAAGAACAGGAGAUAAUUGUUCCUCGGCUCACUUCCUGCAUGGAAGCACUAUGAUGGAGCACUUCAUUAAAUUAUCCUGCUGCAAAGAGAUGUCAAGCUUUGACACUGUAUUGUUCCUGGGACAACUUGCUUGAAAAAUCUUGGAAGGAUUGAUUGAAAGUAGCGAGCACAUGUUCCCCAUGGUGGUAUCCCUUCCUCUGAAACCAUGGGAUCUCCGUGCUCUGAGGAAGAAAAAUAUUUCUUUUUAAAAGCAGAAAGAGGUGAAGGCUGGGAAGUAUCAACACAGGAAAAACCUUAGUUUGUCAUCUUCCAGCUGACAAAGCCAUGCACGGUAAUUUGCAGGGCUUUAGUGAGUGGUAUGGAUGGUCCAGCAUCCAUGCCCGUGGAAGAUUGUGCCAUAAAUAACAAAGAUUUGUGUUGGUGUCACCUCUGUGACAUAAGCCAAGCCAUUUUUGUGUGUUUUCCUAUUUGAUAAAUGAGCCCAUUUAGUUCCUUUGUGAAAAGAAUUUUUCUGUUGUGGCCAGAGAGAGUUCCCUGUGCUCCUCGAGUGUGUGCUUGCUCUGGUGGUAGAGGCUUCUCCUGGGAGAAGGAGUUCAGGUAGCCCAGUGAAAAACCAGAAACCAGAAAAAACUGAGUCCUGGAGAACCCCUGUUGUAGCCAGAUGAACCCACUGCCUGUCUGCUGUAUGUGCAUGUACACAGAGACUCUAAUCUUCUAAAGGAUUAGAAAAAAAGAGGACCCCUGAAACCAGAAAUUACCAUAACUUAUAUUGCUGUUUCAGCUAUAUUCUUUAACAGUGGACUCUCCUUAAAAACUGAGGAGCUGACAAGUGCUUUGAUGCAUGUGAAACUACACCUUUUUGUCCAGAUUUUUACACUUGUGUUCUUCCCAACAGCAAUAUGGGUCUUUCUUCAGCUGUUAUCAAUCACACCUAUAAAUGAAUGGCUUUUGAAAGGCUUGCAGACAGUGGGCUGCAUGCCACCUCCUGUGUCUUCUGCUGUAAUUUUAACCAAAGCUGUUGGUGGGAAUGAGGCAGCUGCAAUAUUUAAUUCUGCUUUUGGAAGUUUUUUGGGCAUUGUUAUAACUCCACUUCUGCUUUUGCUUUUUCUUGGAUCAUCCUCCUCUGUGCCUUUUACAUCCAUAUUCUCGCAGCUGUUUAUGACUGUUGUAGUCCCUCUUAUUAUUGGACAGAUUGUCCGAAGAUACAUCAAGGACUGGCUUGAAAGGAAGAAGCCUCCAUUUGGUGCUAUCAGCAGCUGUGUGCUCCUGAUGAUCAUCUACACAACGUUCUGCGAUACUUUUGCCAAUCCAAAUAUUGACCUGGAUAAAUUUAGCUUGAUUAUAAUCGUGUUCAUAAUAUUUUCUAUUCAGAUGAGCUUCAUGUUUUUGACUUUCCUCUUCUCCACAAGGAAUAACUCUACUUUCACACCAGCAGACACGGUGGCUAUUGUUUUCUGUUCUACACACAAAUCCCUCACCCUGGGGAUUCCCAUGCUGAAAAUAGUAUUUGCAGGUUAUGAAUACCUGUCCUUAAUUUCCGUCCCUUUGCUCAUCUAUCAUCCUGCUCAGAUCCUUCUUGGCAGUCUGUUGGUACCAACAAUAAAAUCCUGGAUGGUUUCUAGGCAAAAGGCACAGAAAUUAACCAGGCAGCCCAAAGCACCCGUGAAGGUAUAAUGGUGGAGAUGGCCUGUGUCACAGUGAAUGUAUAUAUGUACUAUACUGUACACACGGACAAUUGACACAGCUGGGUUUUGUGAAUGUUGCUUUAGUGCAUAUUUUAUUUUUUUAUAUAUAUCUAUAUAUAUAUAUAUAUAUAUAUAUUAAAAGAUACCUGUUAAGUGCCUUACAGAUGCAUUUUGGCAAAAGCAUUGUUUUCAGAAGCCACUUUGUUGGUUGCUGCAAGAGGUUGUACAGUAUUUUGAAGUCCAUUAGUUUAUUUUUCUAACUGAGUGAAUGGUCACGACUGACAGCUGGUUCUUCCAUUGCCCCUGCUUUGAAGCCAGGGUGCACCAGCAGCAAGUCUCUGUUUUAAACUAGCCAAAAUGACCAGGAGCCUAUCCCACUGCUGGCUUACCAGCUCUUCUCUUGGGGAAGAGCUAUCUGAAGGUUUUUUUCUGAGAUUGACUUGAAUUUCUGUGUGACUCUGUUACACUCCCUAGUCAUAUGACUGUGACAUGCCUUUUUCUUCUGAGUUUGUGUAUACUCAGCAUGGGGCCAUCCAAUGGAUAGAAGCUGAAAAGCAUGAAUUAUUUGCAUUUGUUGACACAGUUGUCUAGACAUUCCUUCAAAGUUAAUGGUAUCUCAAGAAAAUUCUUUCAAUUCCAUUGUAUGAUAUUGUGCCAUUGUAUAUCUUAAAUGCCUCAUAAGCUUCUUCAAAGAAAUGGUCUGGUGCUUGGGUUAUGAGUGAAGUAUUUGUGUUUGCAGCUAGGAGAUCUUUUUAUCAUUUACCCCUGAGGAACAUGAAUUUUUGGUUUUCUUUUUUUUCUUCGCCUUCCCCCUGUGCAAUGCACAGCGACCUGCACAGAGAAUUUAGGAUGCUGAAACAGAGCCUUUAUUGUAAUAAGCCAAGCUGUGUUUUCUCUAUUACUGCAUUGGUAAUGAAGAGUAGCUUAUGAGGACAAGAAAGUUGACAAUUUAUUAUUUUUUUGCUAAUUAAAAGGAUCCUUAUAGUAACAGAAACACUAUCUUAGCUCAUUUGACAAUCAAUCACAACUUUUUAAAAAAUAAUAUUACUCUUUCUAAUAAACUUAGGUGAAAAAAGAAUACAAAAUACUAUUUCUAGGCAUUGAAGAGAAAGGAAUGCAGGCAUAUAUUUAAGAAUGCAUCCAGCACUACAUCUUGUCUGGGAGAUGAAGAUUUCAGAAACCUGCUCUAGUCCAGACUGGGGGCUGUACCCCUCUGCAAAAACUGUGCUGGCAAUUGUGCUCAUUAAAAUAUUGAGUAAGGAAAGGAAUAGGUCAAUGUGGGAUCAAUAUAAAUGCAGAGCUUCCAUGUGUGUCAUGGUGAACAUUGCACCUAAAGGUGUGGCUGAGUGCAAACACCUUGCAGCAAGUCUGUAGGUGAUAAGCAAACGUAGGUGAUAAGAGCUCUGAUAAGGCUGUAAGCCUUUACACAAGCUGAAGAUCUAUGUGACAAUAGGCAUGUGAAAUUCAUAUCCUUUUGCCUUACUGAAAAACAAAAAAUGUGCUUGGUUUACCUAGUCUGUUACUUCCUGUCCUGUGAACAAGAGGAAAAAAGUAAUCUGGUACCAAUCCUUGGUGCUUUAUGUGAUGGCCACUCCCUGUUGCCAUCUCUGUGAGCUGACAGCAUCACCCUGCUCACAACUGGCACACCAGUAAAAGGACCAUGUGACAAAGGUGUGGGAGGUGGCACAUGCCACCUUCUUUCCUUCCCUGGAGGGGGGAUCAAGCUCUCCCUGAGUAGGCAAGAGGCUGAGGGACACUGCCCAUGUCCCCAGGGCUCUGCUCUCUUCCCACUGGGCAGUGAGUUCACAGUUUGAUCAGUGCAUCCCCAGGUAGCACAGGCAGAUCCACAAACAGGCCUGCUAGGAAAUGGAGAGUUCCUGGGCCAAAUUCAAGGUUCCACUUCCUUAAGCAUUCUAAGUGGUGACUGGUUCCAUAUGGGGAAAAAUUGCUCUGGGUUUAAAACUCUGCUUGUAGCAGGGGACAGUGUCCAGACUCAGGACAGUUUCUUCAUGUUCUACUUCCAUAAACCUGAAUUUCCAGAGAAUAUAAAGUCUUAGUCCCAAUCCCAGUGAAAUCAAUGACUCUUUCUGUUGGUUUUGAAUGGCGAGACAACAGCCCAGAGGCAAUGUUCCCUUUUCAAAAUACAUAGCAGGGGUUCAAGCAGACAGCAGCUGACUGUGGUUGUGUCAAUGCUAAAUAAUCAGAACACUGCAAGUACCCUUACUGAGCUACCUCUGUGUACUGAAUCUCUGCCUUUCAGUACUUCCAACAACCUGCUUAGAUUCCAUUGAACACAUCCUUUGUUUUUGGGGUUUUUUUUCAACAUUUAGGACUAUUUCAAAUUGUUUUACAAUGUAGUUUUGUUAGUCUCUUUACAAAGUCCUUGUUGAUUGCUUUGGGGCAGCUUAAAUAUUGUGUAUGAGUGUUGGAGGUGUUGGUCUAAAGGGAACAUCAAGCUAAACUGAAAUAGAUAUUUUGAAUUCAUACUUAAUGAAACUGAAUUGUGCACAUCAAUUCUGUUAAGACUGUUAAAAUGUUUGUUUUAUGACUUGCUAUAUGUCUUUAAUAAACAGAAUGGUUUUGAAUUCAA